AUGAAUUGGUGUUGCGUGAAAAUUUUCCUGGUGUCUUGUGCUGUUGCUCUAUGUGCUGCUCAGGAAGAAUCAAGUGAACAUGAUCAGCUAGAAUAUCCAUAUGAGAGGCAAUAUAAGGAAUACUACCAUGGAACAUAUCAUGAAUAUGACGAAUCAAGUGAAGAUGACGAUACGAGGAAGCAUCACUAUCACAACAAGAAUCCCAAUAAAGGAUCCCACCAUUAUGUGUUGACGACAACUCCAAAGCCCAAACCCAAACCUAAACCAACGACUGAAGGUCCUGUACCACUGCCACAGGGCAAGCCCAAGUCCUGUCCGCGCUACGAGGAGUAUCACGACUGCGGAUCACCUUGCCAGGUCGAGUGUGCGAAUCUGGGUAAAGUGUGCAACAUCCAGAAUGUGCGAUGCAGCGACGGAUGCUACUGCAUUCCAGGAUACGCGAGGACAAGUCCAAAUGGACCCUGCGUGCCACAGUUCAAGUGCCCAAAUCCCUAUUGUGCGUCGAAUGAGGUGUGGCUGAAUUGCUACCAAGCUCCGGCGUGCGAUCGUGACUGCUCAAGCCUGAGCAAGCCCUGCCUCACGGUCGGCAGCAGCUGCAACGCCGGAUGCUUCUGCAGACUCGGACAUGCGCGCAAUUCGCAGACCGGAGAGUGCGUGCCAAUCAAGCAAUGUCCAUCAGAAGCACCAGUGAAAGUCCCAAUGAAACCCACACCGACAGCCCCAACGAAGGCCCCACCGAAAGUUCCACUGGCAACUUGUGGCAAGAAUGAGCAGUUCAAGCCGUGUGGCUAUCGCUGCACGGAGAAUUGCGACGCUGACUACUGCCUGUACGACAAGAGCCCAUGCGCAAAGGGGUGCUUCUGCAAGCCAGGCUAUGCGAGGGUGGACAACAAGUGCGUACCAAGAGACACUUGUCCGGUGACGUGUCCGAAGAAUGAGAGGUACCUCGAUUGCGGCAACACAUGCAUGGAAUCGUGCUACAAGAACUCAGCCAAGUGCCAAGCGUGCGAGAGAUCAGGAUGCUUCUGUGUCGAAGGAUAUUCGCGAAUUAAUGGUGUUUGUGUGCCUGAUAGCAAAUGUCCACUAAUAUGUCCACUGGGUGAAGUUUACCUCGAGUGCGGAAGCGCCUGCCAGGACGAUUGCGAUCAGUCACAAGGCUGCACAGAGCAAUGCGUGACAGGAUGCUUCUGCAAGCCAGGCUAUGCGAGAGUUAAGGGCACUUGUGUGCCGAGGAAAGUCUGCAAGAAAUGUCCCAAAUUCGAGGAAUACUUGGAUUGUGGCAACGCUUGCCUGGAAUCCUGCUACAAGGAUGUGGCCAGGUGUGUGCCUUGCGACAGAGAAGGAUGCUUCUGUAUCGAAGGAUACGCACGAAUCAACGGCGUUUGCCGACCAGAGGGUCAAUGCCCGAACAAACAGUGCCCACCGAAUGAAGCUUACAAUUCCUGCGGAAGCGCUUGUCAGGACAAUUGCGAUCUCAGCCAACCUUGCACUGAUGAGUGUGUCGCAGGAUGCUUCUGUGAGCCCGAAUUCGCUCGUGUGGACGGAACGUGUGUCCCUCGAGGGGAAUGUCCUGUCGAGUGUCCGGAGAAUGAACACUUCGACGCGUGUGGCAACAAUUGCAUCGACAGUUGCGAUAGGGAUCUCCUUGACUGCUCUGAUAACUGCUACCCAGGAUGCUACUGUGACGAAGGCUUCGCAAGGAUCGCUGGGAAGUGCGUGCCCAGGAAGAAAUGCGACAAGUGUCCUCUAAAUGAGGAGUUCCUCAAGUGUGGCAACGGAUGUCAGGAUUUGUGUGAUCCGUCAGCUGUUACAUGCACGAGUGAGUGCGUCAAAGGAUGCUUCUGUCAGGAGAAAUUCAGUCGCAUCAAUGGCUUGUGUGUUCCACGAAGCAAUUGCUUCGAUUGCGCCUCAGGCGAGCAGUACUACGAAUGCAGCAAUUCCUGUCUCGAGCUAUGUAAUGCUAAUGCUAUUCUCUGUCCAGCUGAGUGCAGCGAAGGAUGCUACUGUGCUCCAGGAUUCUCACGCAUCAAAGGACAGUGUCUGCCGUCUGAGCUUUGUCAGAAGUGCGGAAAGAAUGAGCAGUUCUUCGAAUGCGGCAGUCGAUGUGCGGAGAAAUGCGGAAUAAACGCCUGUCCAGUUGAUGGUGAUUGCGAGCCGGGUUGCUAUUGCAAGGCAGGUUACAGACGCUUAGGAGAUAAGUGUGUUCCUGAGAGUAAAUGUCCACCUCCUGAGUGUCCCAAUGAAAAUGAAGUGUACUCCGAGUGCGGGAACAACUGCACGGAUCUGUGUGAAGAUCCCAGCAGAAUUUGCACUCUCGAGUGCUAUCCGGGAUGCUUCUGUGCCGAAGGAUACAGUCGAGCGGAGGACGGAAGCCCUUGCAUACCAGAUGAUCAGUGCCCACCAGUCUGCACAGGAAAGAACGAACAGUACUACGAAUGCGGCAACGAAUGCACCGACAGCUGUCCCAGUCCCGAUCUCGCUUGCACUCUAGAGUGCACCAGCGGAUGCUUCUGCAAGCCGGACUUCGCUCGGCUCAAAGCAGGCGGUCCUUGUCUGCCCGCGUGGAAGUGUCCAGAUCCCUGCCCAAAUCCCAACGAGGAGUGGAACACGUGCGGCAACAACUGCACAGAACUCUGCCCGCGACCGGGCAGAGCCUGUGAAAAGAACUGCUGGCCGGGAUGCUUCUGCGAGAAGGGAUUCUACCGCGAUCGCUACGGCGGAGAGUGCAUCCCCGAAGAGGACUGUCCGCCGCCUCCAGUUUGCAAACGCAACGAAGAAGUCAGCGACUGUGGAAAUUCGUGCGAUGAUUACUGUCCGGGAGCAACUUUUGAGUGUCCGAUCGAUUGCCAAAUCGGAUGCUACUGCGCUGAGGGCUUCAAGAGACUCACUCCCGGCGGUCCUUGUCUGCCCGAGAAGAAGUGUCCUCCGCCCACGUGCACAGGCGCCAACGAAGAGUACACAAAGUGCGGAAGUUCCUGUCGCGAACAGUGUCCGUCCGAUGAUGCACUGUGUCCCGACGACUGUACAGCCGGUUGCUUCUGCAAGGAGGGAUUCUCCAGGAUCCUGGGAGUGUGUGUGCCAACGAAGAAAUGUGCAGUCUCUUGCUCACUGCCAAACGAGGCCUUCACGAAGUGCGGAAGUUACUGCCGUGAACAAUGUCCGCAAGUCGAUUGGAUAUGUCCCGAUGACUGCACAGCCGGAUGCUUCUGCGCGGAAGGAUUUUCGAGAGUGGACGGAGCGUGUGUGCCCAACGAUCAGUGUCCUCCGAUCUGCAAUGAUCCCAACGAAGAGUACACAACCUGUGGAAACACCUGCAACGAGCAAUGCCCAAUUGAAGGCGUCGCGUGCACCGAGGAGUGCAAGACAGGAUGCUUCUGCAAGGCAGGAUACUCGCGCAACAACAGCGUGUGCAUAGAGACGAGUCAGUGUCCUGGACAGUGCGCCGAUCCCAAUGAAAUUUACACAACGUGCGGCAAUUCCUGCACGGAAAAGUGCUACGCUCUCAUUUGCCCAGCAAACUGCGAAACAGGAUGCUACUGUCGUCCAGGAUAUUCGCGCGUGCAAGGGAUUUGCGUGCCAAAGAAGGAGUGCCCGAAGUGUGGCAAGAACGAGGAGUACACGUACUGCGGCAGCGGAUGCACGGAUCCUUGCGAGAGCAGAGGAAUCGACUGCAAGGACGCUUGCAGAGAGGGAUGCUUCUGCAAGGACAACUUCAGCAGAGUCACACCCGAAUCCAAGUGCGUGCCCGACAGCAAGUGUCCGCACACGUGCUCGGCGGCCAAUGAGCGAUACAGCGACUGCGGCAAUCGCUGCAAGGAGCAGUGCAACGGUGAGUCCUGUCCGGAAGUCUGCGAAUCCGGCUGCUUCUGCAAGGCAGGCUUCUCGCGGCUGAACGGCAAGUGCGUGCCGAACAAGAAGUGCCCGCCGAAGUGCAAAGAUCCCAACGAGGAGUUCACAACGUGCGGAAACACGUGUGCCGAAGAGUGUGGUGGCGAGGACAAUCCCUGUCCGCUCGUGUGCCAAGUCGGCUGCUUCUGCAAGGCUGGAUACUCGCGCAACAUCACGGAGUGCAUCCCCACCGAUCAGUGUCCCAAAGAGUGCGCAGAUCCCAAUGAGAUCUUCACAACGUGCGGCAACACGUGUCUCGAGCAGUGCGGCGCGGAUGUCUGUCCGGAGAUCUGCGAAACGGGCUGCUACUGCCGCCCAGGAUACUCCCGCGUGCAGGGCGUUUGCGUGCCCACCAGCACGUGUCCCACGUGCGCAGAGAACGAAGUGUACACCUACUGCGGCAGCGCCUGCACCGAUCCCUGCCAGACCAGAGGCCAGAUCUGCUACGACGCGUGCAAGGAAGGCUGCUUCUGCCAGGACGGCUACAGCAGAGUUGAGCCAGGCUCGCCUUGCGUGCCAGACAGCGAGUGUUCAAGUACACGAUAAUACAAUUUCCUUUGCAUGCUUGCUAACACGCUUUUCCUGCAUGUUUACUCGCCUCGAUUUAAUAAAUUUCCCCACAGCCAAUUGACGAGAAAUCGAUAAAGUCCCUCUUAAACUGUCUCCAAAAAUAUUGACGAUGGACGCAAUUUAAUUUGGUCAUUCUCAACUCACACUUUUGCGGAGAGGAAAAUUGUCUCUAAACUCUCGCAUAAUGGGAAAGUUGAAUGCCAUUAACAUCAAUAAGUUAUGCAUUAGUUAAAUAAACUUUCGCUUAUUAGAUUUAUGGGGAAAAGAAGUUCCAAAAGGACAGAAAAUAGCCUUAAAAAUAGUUAUAUUUUCGCAUAAUCAACAAUUUCUCACUCUUCCUGUCUCGAUUUUGCAUGAAAGAUUUGUUUCAUUGGAUUGCAUG